AUGGCGAAACCGUCAGCCGGAGUCCAGCAAUACACCGAACUAGCUCAUCCCCCGGGUAGCCUGAAGGAAUGUAUCGAUUGGAUUCUUAGGGUGACGGAGAAGGAUGGGAAGAAUGGUGGCGGUAAUGGUGAUGGUUCCACUCAAAUUGGAGAGAAGGUUGUGGAGUUACUACAGAAGGCGGAAGAUUACUUGACUCAGGAAAUUAACAAACACAAUGGUGACGCAGAAGCCACCACCAAACUCAAAAAGGAUAAAGCUGUGCUUGAAACAGUAACAACAUCGUUGAAAAAUGGAAGUGGUUCUAAUUUGAUCACCAAAUUGGCCGAUGAGUUGAAGAAGUUCAUUGGAUGGCAGGAGAAUGGUAAUGGUCAACCUGACGGAAAUGGUAUUGCCCAAAGUGGAUACGAAUCAUCGUACGGACAAGAAGCCAACUGGAAUAAUGCCUCCACCGAAAAUGACCAACAACUUUGCGCCUCGAUCUUCCUCGGCGCGCUCCCCCUAAUUUUUUCUGGAUUAAGCUAUUUGUAUUGGCAAUGCAACGAGAGUGAAGGUAUUGAUAGCGAAGAUAGUGGUAGCGAACAACUUACAAGAUGGUCCAAUGCGACUCAAAUUACUAAUACCAAUGCAGGUAUCGGCAUCUAUUUCGCCUCCUGUGGUUAUAAAAGUGUUGACCUACAAAAUGGUAAGACAGCCAACGAAAUCAAAAAUUUAAUUGACCAACAAUUCAAUAACAGCGCCAAAGUCUCCCACGCCUACCCCGUGUACAUCAAUGCUGUACUGGAAAACACCAGAAAAAAUGCCUCUGGCAAUGCCACCUCCUACCCCCUCACCUCCCUCUACAUAUGCUCCACAUACUAUUUCCAAUCGCAAUUCCAAAAUGGUACCCAUGUCCCAACCACCAUCAGAGAAAUGCUCUACUGGCUCAUGGCGCUGCCCUAUAGUGAGUGUUUCCAGUUGGCACCAGAAGCUAUUAAAAAGACUAUUAAUGAUAUUACUAAGAACAAUUCUGGUAGUGAUAGUAUACCAUUCGAUGUGGGUCCCACCUUAAACCAUACUGACCCUUUCGAUUGUUAUAUGUCAACCACUUGCCAUUACGCCGCUGUGGUCCUAUCCACUAUGCAAGGAACAAUUUGUGACACCACUCCUGGUAAUCCACCUAAUAUUCACACCAUAUAUGAUAAUUCUCACUUCAAAUUUAACUACCCAAAGAACCCAUCCGAUUGGUUCAAUAAGCUCUGGGAUGUGGUAUAUCACUUAAUAACGCAAUUAUAUUUCCUUAAAGAGCAAUGUAGAACAUGUUUCGGCGCCGGUUGUGGUUGGCAGUGGUGUCAAUAUGGUGAUGGUAUCAACUCACAUAUGACGAAGGAGGUGGAAUCUUGGAUUUGCACUGUUACCCCAGGUGAAACACAUAGUUCAGGUAGUGGUGGCAAUCACACCUCUGGUUGCACAGAAUCCCAACAACACAUCGCAGCUUGCGGCAAAGACAACAACCCCUCCCCCCUCCAAGCUUUCCUAUGCGAUCUCCUAAUACCUUUUAAAUGUCCAAAAUUUGUUGAAAACAAAAAAUAUCCACCUUACACCGAGCAUAUUUCCCAUCGCAAUUUCAAUCAAUAUUGCCCAGUACCAAUGGGAUUCAACAAAGACUAUCUUCCUUCGUCUCCUCGCACUGGUCACUAUAUCUAUGAGAUACUAAAUUACUUCACCCAAAACAAAAAUCACCAUAUAAGUCUCUACAACAUAUUCAUAUGUCUAAUAUGCACCGGGUUACGCACUCCCCGUACAGUCGGCGAUCUUUUUGGGUUUUUCUUGUAUCUUGGUGAGAAAAUGAAUAAUGGUGGUUCCCCUAAGGUCGCUGAUGCCAUCGAUACCGAAUCUAAGAAAAUACCAUGGAGCAAUCAAUCAACUCCUAUGACUACCGCUGCCCAUGACCUAGCUGGUAAAACCCAUAUAGAUGACCCUUCUCACCACCCCGCCGAUGCCGACCUCUACACCCUACAUGACAGUGAAUGUGCCAUGAGCGUAACCUGUGGCAAGUACCUUGACCCCCUGUCAUUCGUUAUCUAUUGCAACGUCUCCGUAGCUUUCGCGGAAACUUAUUUGUCCCGUAUAAUUUAUCUCACACACGCUCUGAAAGAAGGUCUUAAAGUAUUACUUACAGAGUUCAACAACCUCACGUGCGAACAUUGUCAAAGUUGUGACUGCAAAGGAAAACAUACGAAUAACCAACACACAACGUCAUGCCUCUGUACUACCAUCGUCCAAUGCGCUGACGUCCUACCCCUUUUCUUCAAAUUCGGCUUCACGUACUAUUACGCAGCUGCAUUAAAUGGUACUGAGGAAUUUGACAGUUCAAAAAAACGCCAAUGCAAAGACUUCGCCAAGCAACUACAAAAUGUCAUCAUCAACGGUGGCCUCUUCAAAAAACUUCUGGAAGAAAUCAACAAAUUCCUCCUUUGCAUCCGCAAACCCUUCCUCCUAUACCUCCUCACAUUCUGGCUUGUGGCCAUUCUGUACUUCAGCUACGGACUAACAAUACCUCUGGACCUGUUCCAUAUCCGUUCACAUUGGAGACGUGCAUUGUCCCAUCAAAUAUCCGUGUUGGCGUUAUUAUCGAAGAAGGCGAUGUCACCAACAAAGGUUGGAUAUUUCACACCGUAA